AGGAGACAGAGAGACACUUGGCUCACCAGACAAAACACCUAAAACGAAGAAGCAAGCAGACAUUUUGAAUUUUUGGGCAGAGACGAAGCCACACGAAUCAAACCGAUAAAGAUUUCUACAAAUUAGGGCUCUGAAUACUAAAAAGUUUGGAUUUUUUCAGAUCCAGUAAUAGGUUAGGUUGGAAACAGAUUUUUGCAGAAAAAAAUGGAUGGUAAUAUGAAUUUCAAGAACAACAAUUUGGGGAAUGAGCCACCAGGAGAUGGUGGUGGUUUAGGAGGGUUGACUAGACCAGGGUUGACCAGACAAGGUUCUAUAUACUCUUUGACGUUUGAUGAGUUUCAGAGCAGUUUAGGGAAAGAUUUUGGGUCUAUGAACAUGGAUGAGUUGUUAAAGAACAUAUGGACUGCUGAAGAAACACAAGCCAUGGCUAGUGGUAUGGUUCCAGUUGCUGGUGGAGGACAAGAAGGGUUGCAGUUGCAGAAGCAAGGCUCGUUGACUCUGCCUCGAACGCUUAGUCAGAUGACGGUUGAUCAAGUUUGGAAAGAUCUCUCCAAAGUUGGCAACAGUGGAGGAGGAGGAACAAACUUGUCUCAGGCUCAACAAGUUCAGGCGCAGAAUCAGAGUCAGAGUCAGAGUCAGAGUCAAAGGCAGCAAACGUUAGGUGAAGUGACUCUGGAGGAGUUUUUGGUCCGCGCUGGUGUUGUAAGAGAGGAAGCUCAGAUUGCUGCAAAAGCUCAGAUUGCUGAGAACAAUAAAGCCGGUUACUUUGGUAAUGAUGCUAACACGGGUUUCUCUGUUGGGUUUCAGCAACCUUCUCCACGAGUUGUUGCCGCUGGUGUAAAUCCUUUGCAGGUUCAAGGUUCUAGUUUGCCUCUGAAUGUUAAUGGAGCUAGAUCAACAUACCAGCAACCGCAACAACAACAGCCAACAAUCAUGCCUAAGCAGCCUGCUUUUGGUUAUGGAACACAAAUUGGUCAGCUUAAUAGUCCUGGGAUAAGAGGUGGUGGCAUUAUGGGAUUUGGAGAUCAGUCUCAAACGAACAAUAUGGGCUUGGUCAAUGGUGGUGCUGCUGCAAUUCCUGGAGCUGUGGGUGUUGAUGCUGUGUCUCCUGUUACACCAUUGUCAUCAGAAGGGAUAGGGAAGAGUAAUGGUGAUUGUUCAUCACUCUCUCCGUCUCCUUACAUGUUUAAUGGUGGUGUGAGGGGUAGAAAGAGUGGUACUGUGGAGAAAGUUGUUGAGAGGAGGCAAAGGAGAAUGAUAAAGAACCGAGAAUCAGCUGCAAGGUCACGAGCCAGGAAACAGGCUUAUACUGUGGAGCUCGAAGCAGAAGUUGCAAAGUUGAAGGAAGAGAAUGACGAGUUACAAAGAAAGCAGGCAAAGAUUAUGGAAAUGCAAAAGAAUCAGGAGAUGGAGUUGAGGAAUCUUGUUCAAGGAGGUCCAAAGAAAAGGCUGAGGAGGACAGAAUCAGGACCUUGGUGAAUCAGUGCUCAUACUUAGUUUUUUCUGUACAUGAAAUCACAUCCCACUUAGUUAGUUGUUUAGUUUGAAGACUUAAUAGAAAAGAGCUUUCCUCGUUUACAUUGUAAGCUCUCUCCAUAUAUACACAGGAUCAUCAGAAUCUCUUUUUGCUCUAUUCCCUUUUGUGUGUGUGUGUGUUUAGUCGUUGCUUGUUUGUCUCU